AUGUUUGACGGCGUCUACUCCUAUUUCUUCGGAUCCGAGGAGAGCUCGGCCAAUGUUGAUGCGAAUGGGGAGAGACAAGAGAAGGGCGAGGACUGGGUCAUGGUCGAUUGUAAGUUUUAUUUUUACUUUCUAUUGGGCUCUUCUAAUAGAACCUCGGAGUAAAAGAGUUAAUAAUCAUAACGCUUUAGCCAAAUCUGGUCGAUCUUCUCCGGUGCUGGUUGCCGAGCCACACAUCGAUGAUUUGGAUGACAUGAUCAGCGAGGUGUCAAGCCAAAUGCCCAGUCAACAACUCCUUACUGCCACCGAGAUCCGCCGUCGUGCCAAAGCAAAGGAACAAGCGAGGAAAGAGGAGCUGAAGAGGAAGGUGCGGGCCACCAUCCAGCAUCGGCAAUGGCUCGAGGAGAAACUUUUCGAAGAUCCUGACGCCUCUUCCAAUGACAGUCCUCCUCCCUCCGCUCAGAACAGUCCUCCAGGCCCACAGAAACCUCUGGACAAAUUGAUUUUGGCCCAGCCAACUCGGAAACAGAAGAGGGCCAAGAAAACGGGUAAAAACGUGAGCGACAAGAAGUUGCAACAGCCUUGA